CUGAGUGCCAAACAUUCCCGGGGUUCUUACGCCUCACUUCUCCCACCCUUUACCGACACCGCGAUCCUCUGCCGAACACAAAACCUGUUGUACUCCAAUGAAUAAUGCCGAGCGCUCCAUGUAACCGUUCUGCUUCCUAGUUUGGACGCUCAGCUUUGUGAAUUCUAGCGUUCGGUAAAUAUGGAAGAUAUAUUUUCGGCUUCGCGGGACGGGAACAUGAAAUACGUGAAGACAUGGCUUGAAGAUACGAGGAACGACCUUAACUUAGGGGAUGACCAUGGCUUUACACCGUUUCUGUGGGCUUGUCGUGAAGGGCAAACGGCUGUUUUUGAAGCACUGCUUUCUCGAGGAGCGAAAGUAAACGCUGUGAAUGAUGGAGGUGACAACGGACUUCACCUCGCUGCCAGCAAGGGAAACAAGGAAAUUAUCCUCAAGCUACUAAGAAACAAAUGUCCAAUCAAUGCCAUGAAUGAGCAUGGCAAUACACCCCUACACUAUGCAUGCUUUUGGAACUAUGAAAGUGUUGCAGAGGAGCUUGUAAAGAAAGGUGGCCAUGUCUCACAAUGCAAUCGUUCUGGGGAUACACCACUGGACAAAUGCAAACCAUAUUUAGCAGAGAUACUUAAAGAUUUAGCAACACAACUUGGGCAAGAUUUAAAGAAAAUACCGUUCAAAGAUCCAAAGCUUAGAGGCGGUAAAAAGAAUGAUUUGAGGGACAUCAAGGACCGUUACUCAUGGAUCUCCCCUGAUGAGAUUACCCUCACAGAGAAAAUAAACAAAACUGUUACAGGAGAGGUCUGGAAAGGAAUGUGGAACGAUAUUGACAUUAUAGCCAAGAAGAUUGCUAUCAAAUUUGUUAAUAAAAGAAUAUCCAGAGAUUUCAGUGAAGAAUACUCAAAGCUAAGAAUUUUCUCGCACCCCAAUGUACUGCCUGUGAUAGGUGCUGUGAAUGAUCACAAGAAUCUGAUCGUGUUGUCACAGCGUAUGCACUUUGGCUCUUUGUUCAACCUCCUGCACGAGGGUACUGGGGUCAUCGUGGAUCAAGAACAAGCCAUCAAGUUUGCUAUAGACAUUGCACGUGGCAUGGAGUAUCUGCAUUCACUCGAACAGCUAAUACCUAGGCUAUAUCUUAAAAGCACACAUAUCAUGGUUGAUGAUGACCUCACUGCCCGGAUAAGCAUGGCAGAUUAUAGGUUCUCAUUUAUGAAUCUCAGUAAAAUGGAAACCCCUAACUGGAUGGCCCCUGAAGUUUUGCAGAAGAGCCCCCCAGAGGUUGACCAGCGUUCUGCAGACAUGUGGAGUUAUGCCAUUUUGUUGUGGGAACUGGUAACAAGGGAGGUGCCAUUUGCUGAGUUAUCCCCUAUGGAGAUUGGAAUGAAGGUUGCGUUGGAGGGUCUACGCCCCACCAUACCCCCCGGUGUCUCCAAUCACAUGGUCAAGCUGAUAUCAAUAUGUUGGAAUACGGAUCCAAGCAAACGGCCUCGCUUCGACCAAAUUAUCCCCAUCCUUAACAAGAUGGCGCUAUAGUUCUCUUCCGAUGUAGAACAGGAUUUCAUAAGAAGUCCCCCCCCCCCCAACCCCACCACUUCCACAGCCUAGUCAUUUUGGCUUAGUUCCAUGUUAUGCGAAAUCAAGGAGGGGGGGCGAUGAUGGAUGGGUGUGACAAAGAAAAACUUUAUUGGUUUAAUUGGUGAGCCCAAUUUCCUGGAGCAAUAUGUGGUUGUGCUCUUUCCAGAACUCGUUCUUGUUCACAGUUCUAUCUGUUAACACAGGGAACCCAGUAAGAACGCAAGGGGCAUGGCUGUCGACCCAUUACGUUAAAACAAUGAAGUUCCAGUACCAAUUUCUCAACAUUGGGGUUGUGCCCGUCUCCUUUUGUAAGAUAACCUUCUUGGAUAGAGCUAAGGCCUCUUGUAGCGAAACAAAACAAUGUUUCACUAUACAUAGUUUGAAUAGAUGACUACAUUACCCCCUGUUACAUUGUUAAACUCUUUUUGGGGGCCACCACAAACCCACUGGAGUGAUCAGCAUGAUCGUCUCCAGCACUUCAACAAUCUCACCGCCGAAAACCAGAACACGCGACGAACGAAUGUCGAUGCGAGGGCGGGCAGUGCGCGAGUAUUUGCUCUGCUUCGGGAGCGACGAGCUUCGUGCACCAUAGGGCAAUCACGUGAUAAACCUUUUAUUUUAUGAGGAAUCCGCCACAGCAGGAUAUGGCGAUAGGAACAAUGCAAGAAAAUUGGAUAACGAAAAGUCGACGAGAGAGAUCAAAAUCGGUUUGAGUUUUCACAGAAACCUAUAAGUGAGUUGAAUCGUGUGACUGUUUGAUUCUACUACGUACACAUGAUUGUACAUACAAAAGGAUUCGUGUUAUACGUUUCAAUAGGCCAUUCCAACUAUAAGUUUGCGCGCAUAACCAUAGAAACCUCGCUCAACUACCGCAGAAUGCAGAUCAAACGAAGCGCGCGCUGCAUGCCGGUAGUUGAGGUAGGUUCCCAUGGUGAGUGCGUGCGCAUGCUUAUAGCUGCAAUGGCCUAUUCAUUGAUAGGUUUCUGGUUCAGUGUUAGAAAUAUGUAGUAAAUUUAAAUGGAAACGUACUGGUAGAUCCGUGCUGAUCAGGUACAACAAAGGUAUGCGGUUAUGACUUCUUGAAGCGAAAUGCUAGGUAAAUAAAAUUACUUUUUAGGGGGUUUACAAUGUUAGUGGAAUAGCUGGAAUUUACUUCCGUCAUUUUACUUCAGAAACAUAUUUUCUAAUAGUUUAAUAAAGUGCUUAUAUAGGUAA